CCGAGUUAGUGGAAAUUUUCGCCAAGAUGCAGCACUGAAAAACGAAGCCAGCCUGAUUUUCAGAUGCGAUCAUGUGAACAUCAUCAAGAUGCACGGCCUGAUCAAUUUCCAAGACGGCAGAUUGGGAAUUGUCAUGGAGUUAGCAGACAAAGGACCCCUGUCUCGUAAGCUUAUGCGGGAGCUGUCAAAAGGCGACGGCGCUGCAGCUCGUCGAUUUUCCAAAGGAAUCAUCAACGGACUUCAAUACUUGCAUCACCGUCGCAUCGUCCACCGUGAUUUGAAGCCCGACAACAUCUUGUGUUUUGGCGAGCUUCCUUCGCCCAAAAUAACAGACUUCGGAAUAUCUAAAGGUAUAAACGCUACUAUGCAACUAAUGGAAACAGUCAUCGGAACGCCGAGAUACAUGGCGCCCGAAAUUCUUCUGUCGGAGAGACCAAAAUACACAAAAGCUGUGGAUAUCUACAGCCUUUCUCUAAUCCUGUUUGAACUGUUCACGGGAGGCAUGGAUGCUUUUAAAGAAUUUAGAAGCCUCGCUGAAUUGCUCCGACUCAAGUCACAACCACACGUGCGAUUUCCGGAAAACUUCGAAGAAGGUCUUGAAAAAAUUUUGGACCGUGGAUGCUCACCGACACCGACGAACAGACCAACGCUGACAGAGAUACUUCUGGCAGUAAUUGCUCCUGCACAAAAGCUGGAAAUUCCGUCAGUCAAAAAAAGCGAGAAGAAAACUAUUGGUUUGAGGCAAUCUUUCAUUCGUCACCCCAAACACGAAGAAGAUAAAAAGCUUCGAGCGCAAAAUCCUCAACAGAGCUCCAACCACCAGCGGCAGCAACAACCGGGACCAGCACCUCUUCCUAAAGUAGAACCUGAGAAAGUGCCACUGAAUCCUCGACCACGAUUAAUGAUUGAUCGGAAACGACUGGAACCUCUCGGUCCUCGACCACUGCUACAAAAGCCGUUGGGUAAAUCAGUUGACAACAAAAAAGUUUUGCAACCUCCAGCCUCACAACGUGCGCGAAAACCCUGACAUUAUUAGAUUAAAAAGCAUGUACGCAUCUAUAUUGUCUUUAUCGAUGAUAAAAUAGCGACUAUCUUCUGCACUGCCAAUGGUAUGCACGCGUCGUGAAUCUUUGCAAAAAUUUAUAUUUACCAUCAGCUUUGCCCAUUUUUCGGCAGAUAAUGCGGAGAAUAAACUCAUAGACCCGA